UUUCUGUUUUACUUCUUCUUUCUACUCGAGAUCUUCUCGCUGACUAAUUAUAUAUAUUUACUUGUCGUACACUUACGUAUGUAAUUAUUCUUGUCGUAAUGUGUAUAGUUUUUAUGCUUUAAUCCAUGGGGUUUUUGUUUUUUUGGGUUUAGUGGAUUAGAGUUGUUUAGUGGGUAAUUUGUUGGAUUAGUUUUUUAUUUGGUUGCUUUCAGAAAAAAAAAAAUGCUGGCGAAAAAAGGAGUAAAACUGGAACUCUGGAAUGUCAGGAUUUUCUUUUGAAUGCUGAGAAAAAGUUGGAUUUAUGGUUUCUAUACAGUUAACUCGUGCUAAUAGGAAAGUGCAGUUGGGAUAUAGAUUGGGGUUAUUCGCACAGUAACACGUACCAGUUCCUUACGGUUUAAUUACAUGAAAAAAAGGUAAUUAAUUAAUGCUUCACUGUUUAUUAAAUGCUAUAUUUUUACUCUAGGAGGGAAUUAAUAAAGGAAUCAGUUGGUGCUUACUUAGCUUUAGAGUAUCUGCCAAUGUUAUAUUCCAUGCUUAUUGUGAUAGUGAUGUUUUUUUUUAGCUUUGCAAUUUUUCAUGGGCAUCUGCCAAAAUGGAGGUUUGGUGAUUCUUUUAACAUAUUUUUACUGCCAGCUGAUAAUCCUGUUGGAAUCUGUUCAUUUUUUUUUCUCUCAUCCCAUUUUUGGUACUUUACUGUUGCUUUUCUGUUUCUGUCUUUCUUUUCAAUUGCCUCAUGAAAUAGAAGGUGAAAUAAGGACAUGUCUUCUGAUACUGCAAGGGAAGAUGCAUCUGUAGUUGAUUCAUCAGUGACUGAAUGGAAACAUGACAUGGGAAACUCAGAUGGUCCUGAGAGCUCAAGCUAUAAACCUGAUGAGGAUGGCUAUCGCUCCAGGGCCAGAGGGGGAAAUUCUUAUGAUCUGGUGGAAACUUCACAUGCUAAUAAAAAUGAUAAAUUGUACAAAACAAGAUAUUUCAUCAUUAAGAGUCUGAACUAUGAUAACAUCCAAUUGUCAAUUGAGAAAGGAAUAUGGGCUACUCAAGUUAUGAAUGAGCCAAUUUUGGAAGAAGCUUUUCAUAAUUCUGGUAAAGUCAUAUUAAUUUUUAGUGUCAAUAUGAGUGGUUUCUUCCAAGGAUAUGCCCAAAUGAUGUCUUCUGUUGGAUGGCGGCGGGACAAUGUUUGGAGUCAAGGAAGUGGUAAAAGUAACCCCUGGGGUCGCAGUUUUAAGGUCAAAUGGCUGCAGUUAAAUGACCUACCUUUCCAGAAGACUCUUCAUCUAAAGAAUCCAUUGAAUGAUUAUAAGCCUGUAAAAAUUAGCAGAGACUGCCAGGAACUACCUGAAGAUAUAGGGGAAGCACUUUGUGAGCUCCUUGAUGGGAAGAAUGACGAGGAAGGCUCACUGUAUAGGUAUGAUCAGACCAUAAAAAGGCCUUGCACGGAUGCACCAUGUUCUUUGGGGAAUGAAGAGUAUAACAUGCCUCCCCUGCAUUUCUCAUGGCCUGGAGCGCCCAUACCUUAUCCCUCUGUACUCUAUCAAACCGAAGCAAGCAGAUUUCAUGUAACACAACAGAGGGAUUCUGGGGUUCUUGAACAUUUGCAUGUUGCCUCCGGUGCAUCAAAAGUUGGUAGGAUGAGACCUUCUAUAACUGAAUCACAAGCAGAAUGGGGUUGGUCUGCAGAAAGCCCUCUUGCCAGUACCUUAACCGAGGAUGAUUUUCUUGAAAUGUCGUAUGAAGAAUAUCUGGAAGCUCACAGCAGAAGAAUCAAACAAGUGGUUGCACCAUCUUGGAUGAUGCAGGAGUCAUCAAGCAAAAAGAAUGAUGAUGAUUCAAACUCCAGUUUCGUAAAUGGUGGGCGCCGUUCGUGCAAGAGGGCUCGUAAAUCAACAGAGAAAUGAUACAAUGAAAGAAGUGUUCCAUGGUUCUAGUGGAGUAACUCCAGAUUCCCUAAAGGCAGAGUCUGAGUGAAAUUAAUUAUCCAAAACCUAGAAUCGGGACUCAUGUUAUUGUCCUGUUGUACACAGGAAUAUACUCUAUUUGUUGAGACCAACUAAGUACAGUAUUUCUAUGAGGGGUGCUUACCAAACAUGUACAGAUUGGAUUGGCAACACUACCCCCAACAUUUUUUCUACCCAUUCAGCUCCUUUUUCCUUUAGAUUGUGGAAGGAGAAUGGUGAUUUUAGAGAACAGUAAUUGUAAAUACAGAUGUCUUUUCUGCAUCUGAUAUAAAAGUUGGUAUGUUAUAGAAAUGUUGCCACAAAGUGGAAAUUCCAUAAGCAA